CCCCCAGGGGUGACUCAAGCCGCAGGCGAAGACGCAGACAGGGUCAAAAGAAAGCAAAGGACAUGUUCGUGCUUUACCUUGGCAGCAAGAAUGUCACUGGAGACUUUGUGGGCAUGGUGCUGCGGGACAACGUCCUGUACGGCAUGUACCGGCUGGGCGGAGCCUUCCACAGCAAGCUCAUCAGCAACGUCACCAGAUCCACACGGGACCCGGCUUAUUUCGACCGCGUGGAAUUUCACAGGGUUUACCAGGACAUGGAGGUGAUUUACACUCGAGGCUACACCUCCGCGGACCCCAUGGCCCUGCCUGCAGUUCAGCUGCAGCCGCCAGACUCCCUGCACAACCUCCUCCAGCUGCACCCCAACAGCACAGCCUUCUAUGUGGGAGGCUUCCCGCAAGGCUUCACUCCCCCUGUAGAGAUGGGCCAGAGCUUGUCCUUCUACGAUGGCUGCAUAGAGUCCUCCAUGCUCAACCACAAGCUUCUGGGCCUCUACAACUUCCAGCGAGUCCUCAAUGUCAACCAGGAGCGCCCUUGUACAAGGCAGGUACAGCAAACUGAGGAGCUGUACUUCGAUGGCACUGGCUACGCUACAGUUAACAUUCCCAAGACAAGGGGUCUGCAGAGAAUUCAGUUUUCCGUGAAGACCUUGUUGAAGAAUGCACUGCUGUUCUACGUGGGGAAUGAGAAAUCCUACUACAGUCUGACUGUGGAGAAGGGCUACCUCGUCCUAACUGGCAGUCAGGGUGGCAAGGUCUUUUCCAACCGGACAUCCAAUGAACUCUUUCCCACGGCCAGAGACAAGUUCAAAGAGAUUAAUGUUCGAUUCAAUGGCCCAACUGUAUCACUCUUUGAAACCCCCCCAAUUACGAUACCUUAUACCAAAGACGUCUUCAACUUUCUCUACAUCGGCGGAGUCCCAGAUUCUUUAAGAGAAAGGGACAACAUCCCAGCCCCAGCACUGAGGGGCUCCCUCCAGAGAGUGCCCAAGCUCAACCUUCAGAGUGAGAACUUCAUCGAGCUGCUGGGGGUCAGGAAGGGCUUCCGGCUGGACCUACUGGCUGUUCGCGAUGCAGAGUUUAAAAACGGCAGUGCCCUCACAGAAAAGCCAGCGCCUUUCAAAGACAUGAUUUCUCUGGGUUUCAAGACUUCUGAACCAGGAGGAAUUCUUCUUCAGACCACUCAAGGAGCCCAGGGGCUGAGACUGGCACUCGCAGACGGUCACGUGGAGUUUGAAUUCGGCAGCCGGCAGGCAGUGAGGUCCAACAGGAAGUACAAUGAUGGGAGAUGGCACUACCUGACGGCCCUCAGAAAUGAGCUGGCGCUCAGGGUUGAUGACAGGGACACGGGGACUCACUUUCUGUCCCCUGACGUAACCAAGGGCCAAAACCUCACUUUGGGGGGAGAGGUUUUCACUGGUUCCCUUGGAGAUCUCUACAUAAGAAGGCCAACGCAGCAGUACAUGCCAGCAGACCUGUCCCUGUUCACCCAGAAGGGAGACGUCACCCUGGGCCUCUGUGCAGCAGAGCGCCCUGCUCAGGCUAUAAGAACCAAACAUGGAAAGAGCUCUAAGAAGAAAACCCAAAAACAAAAAAUUAGACACCGUAAGAAAAAGAGUGGAUCUCGUCCUGAUGGGCAGUCCUGUAAGAGUCCUGUGGCCCUCCCUCAAACCUUCUCCCUGACCAGCCCAGACAGUCAGCUCAGCUACCACAUCUCUCCUCAGGAGCUCAACUACAGACCUUAUUUCUCGCUGGUGAUGAAGACUACAUCCACAGAGGGCUUGAUUCUACAUAUCAACGGCAAGCACAGUGCCCAUGUAGCUCUCUACAUGAUCGGUGGCAAGAUAAAGCUAGCCGUCGGGAAAAGGGUCAUUUAUUACAAUAAGAAGAUGAAUGACAACGAAUGGCACAAGGUGGACUUCAGCGUGGAGGAAAAGACCUUUCACCUGCUCGUGGACUUCGUAAGGGUGCCCGAUGGACAACUACCUGCUGAGACGAGAGCCGGCCUUAACCUCAGGUCACCUGUCUACCUGGGCGCAGACCUCACAACCCCCAGCACAGCAGCGCAGAGGAAGUCCCUGCCAAAGGCUGCAGUGACCGGAUGCUUUUAUAAUGUCAAGUUUCAGAACGAGCUGUUGCGCGAGCCUCUGACAAAAUCAUCAUUAGGCCUAUGUUUUGACGGUGAAAUGGAGUCAGGGAUCUUUUUCUAUGGUGACAAAGAUUGCUUGGCCUCCCAGACUCCUUUGAUGGUGAAGGCUGAUUUCCACCUUACUUUUAACAUCCGCCCACGAGACUUAACGGGUUUACUUUUUUACGCAAGAGGACAAAACGGGCGAUAUAUCAGUGUGUACCUGCAGAAUGACAAGAUAAUUGCUCAAGCCCAUGUUGGAGGAGACCGUCCGUACAGUGUGUCGAUACCAAUCUCAUCCAACCUGUGUGACUCUUUCCACUCAGUCACAGUGCACAAACAGAACAGCGUAAUCAAACUGGGACUGGAUUCUAAAUCAAGACGUAUUCCAGGGCCUUAUGCUGCCUUCAAUUCCAACGCCCAAUUCUCCUUCUACUUUGGGGACGUGCCAGGUAACCUCAGGGAACAGCUGGCCCCACUGGAGCGGUCAUAUGUGGGCUGCCUUCGGGGCGUGAAGCUGAAUGGAGCAGAUGUUGUGCUCUCCCACUGUGCACCCAAUAGCUCAGUGAGUCUGCAGGGGUGCCCCGUAAAAUAAGCAACAGACAGUCAUCACUCAACACCCACCUGUCCAGUUCUAACAUAAGAAUCAGAAACGUCCAUUGUCCAUGUUUUUUGUGUAUGCAAAUAGCAAUAGUCUAUAAUAGUCUUUAAGAAUCAGGGCCUGUUGACAAGAGAAGGCAGAGGGCGAGGAGACGUAGCACAGACACAGGUGAGACACAGGUGAAGCAUGUGGUGGCAGUAGGGAGGUGAAGAAAUGGGACCUAAACACAAGGUCCCAGGAGCUGCACAGGAGUGUUGAGGAUAUUUACCUCUGCCAAGGAGCUUGUUUUCUUCAGGGGUUGUUUGUCUGUCUGUCUGUCUGUCUGUCUGUCUGUCUGUUUGUUUGUUUGCAAGAUAACGGUUAUGUUUUCCGUUGGUGGAGGUCUGCGCUCUCGGAGUGCUUUUCUAGUUGCAUUAUGAUUCGCUACACUGAAAGACAUUUUUACAUUUACAGUAAUUUCUUGUGUAUUAGUCGCAUGCGUAUAAGCCGCAGGACAGUGUUUUGUGCAAGAAACAAAACCAUAUUAAUGCCAUAUUAACUGCCCCCAUGUAUUAACCUCAUAGCUGAAGAAAUUUUGCAAAAUCAAUGUAUAAGCCGCGGCUAAUAGUUGGGAAAUGACGGAACAUUUAAUCAUUUAGUUCAGCUGACACUUUUAUCCAAAGCGACUGACAACAAAAGGGGAUAAUCAAGGUACGGUGUGACAGUAUGAAAGAAUGCAUACAGUAAUUUCCCCCAUAUAAGCCAGAUUGUGUAUAAGCCGCAAGGCAGUGUUUUAUGCAAGUUAAAAUAAACAAAACCAUAUUGAUACCUAGUGUUAACCUCGUAGCUGAAGAAGUUUUGCAAAAUCAAUGUAUAAGCCGUGGCUAAUAGUCGGGAAAUAACGGUAACAACAUCAUUGAGAUCUAAACUGUGAUAAAGAGAUCUUAUUGAAAGAAUGUUGUGAGCUGGACCAAGUCUUUUGGACGUGAUGCUCAUUGGUUUACAAUAUAGUACUGUAGCUUCUCAUUUUGUUGUAUAACACAGUGUAUAUGAAUGUACUGAUGCAUUAACAAAGGAUUUACAGAUUGAACUUUCAGCACUUACAGUAUGAGA